UGUUAAGGGUUUUUUUUUUUUUUUCUUCUGCUAAAGGAAGAGAGGACUAGGAGAGGAGAAUAGAGGAGAGAAACUCAAAAUGAAACUAAUGGAGGUGUGCAGAACAUUGACCCAACUAGAGAGGAGAAGUUGUUCUACAACUGAAUUUUUUCAUUAGACUUUGCUGCAGUAUAUAGCAGAAACUACAACAAGAAAUAGUUCUUUUCUUUUACCUAAUAUUCACCUAAUAUGUGACAACAAUUUCAUACAUCCAUGAAACAAGGGAGAGCCAUAAUUUUACAACUAAAGCUUUGACAAAAUGUAGAAGUUUGCUGCCAUUUCUUGCAGCUUUGACAUCACAGCUCCAAGCAAGAUUAAGGCUCAUCGCAUGAAUUAUAUUGAAGAAAGGAGAAAAAUCUUGCCUUUUGUUUUCCUUCGAAACAUUUGUCAAGGUUGAUACAUCAUGCUUAUGGUAUAUUCCUACAAUUCUACAUUGCAGCUAUACUGGCGUACAGCAGGAUGACAAACUAUUUCUAUGCCUAUUACAUUCUCAGGACUCUCACUGGCAUGGUUGGUGAUGGCAGCAUGAUUUGCCUUCCUCUUGCAUAUCUGGCAGACAACCUUCCUGAUAGGCAGCGAGCAUCUGCAUUUGGAAUUCUUUCAGGUGUAGGCUCAGCCUCAUUUGUCUGUGGAACCUUAGCAGUUCGCUUCCUCUCCACCUCUUCCACAUUUCAGGUAGCUGCAUUUGUAUCAAUGCUUGCCGUGGUAUACAUGAGAAUUUUCCUAGAGGAAAGCAUGCCUAAUGAUGCUGAUGGUUUGACACGGCCAAUCCUAAAGGAAGGACCAGAUGUCAUUCAAAACAAUAGCGAUGAGCCCAGUAAGAUAGUGGUAUUCAGGAAAAUUCCAUCUGUGAAGGAUUUUAUUUGCUUUCUGCGGUCUAGUUCCUCAUUUUCACAAGCAGCAGUUGUUGCCUUCUUCAACAGCCUAGCAGAAGGUGGGAUGAUGGCUUCAAUGAAUUACUUUUUGAAGGCACGUUUUCACUUUAACAAGAACCAGUAUGCUGAUCUUAUGCUAAUUUCUGGGGUUCUAGGCGCUGUUUCACUGGUAUAAGCUAUUACUGCCAACCUUUUUUACUUCACAAUUUCUUCAAGUUUUAGCAUCUUAAGUCUCCAAAUGCUUGUGAAUUCUACUUAAUCCUGCAGUUGCUUCUCAUGCCAAUGUUGGCACCUCGUAUAGGAGAGGGGAAGUUGUUGUCAACAGGACUCUUAGUUUCCUGUAUAAAUGGGUUGCUUUGCAGCAUAUCUUGGUCAGCUUGGGUAAUUUCUUCGUAAAAGCUCACAAGCUCUUGGUAUAUCAUGCAGAUGUUCUUGUAUUAUUUUCAUCCAUCUAAAUACUCUGGUAUUUGCUUCAUUUUCCAUGUAGGUUCCUUAUGCAGCUACUGUAUUUUCAAUGCUGAUGGUCCUUGCAUCACCAUGUUUACGCAGCAUUGCAUCAAAACAGGUUGGUCCCAGAGAACAGGGUAAGGCUCAAGGAUGCAUCUCAGGCAUAAGUUCCCUCGCCAACAUAAUUUCUCCAUUGAUUUUCAGUCCUCUAACUGCUCUCUUCUUGUCUGAGAAUGCUCCCUUUUACUUCCCUGGCUUUAGUAUCAUGUGUAUUGGAUUGGCAUCGAUGAUUUCAUUCAUUCAGAGUCUGAUGAUAAAAAGUGUUACCUUGACUCCAAGCACCAAAAUCAACAGCAACUGCCUUGACGCCUAAUUUCAAAGGGUUUCGCCAUGCUUUCAAUGCAGAGCAGGCAACUGGACAGUGGCACUUGCAUGUUGUUCACUGGCAAAAGAAAAUGAUGAAAGCCUAAUAAGUUUCGCAAAUUAGAUGAGAUUAAUCCCUAAUACAAGGUUCUAUUAUAUUAGCAAGAGGAUCAUAAAUCAUCUAGGUUUUAUUUUAGAAGAAAAAUUAACAGCUGUAAUAUAUUUCCAUCUCCUAAGCAUUUGUAAAUAGCUUCUGUAAAAUGAUAUCUUUACUGGUAUGCAAUUUGACAAUCUAUGGCCUUGCAUUGUAAAUU